CUAACAGGGAUGCCAAAGGAAAAAUAUGAUCCUCCAGAUCCUCGCAGAAUAUAUACCAUCAUGUCAGCAGAAGAGGUAGCCAAUGGGAAAAAGUCCCAUUGGGCAGAGUUGGAAAUCUCGGGUAGAGUGCGCAAUUUAAGUACAUCACUUUGGUCACUAACACACUUGACUGCUCUCCACCUCAAUGACAACUAUUUGACUCGCAUUCCACCUGAUAUUGCCAAGCUUCAUAAUCUGGUUUACCUGGAUCUCUCAUCCAACAAACUCAGAAGUUUACCAGCAGAACUAGGAAACAUGGUAUCUCUCAGGGAAUUGCUUUUAAACAACAAUUUGUUACGAGUUUUGCCUUAUGAACUUGGACGGCUCUUCCAGCUACAAACACUAGGUUUGAAAGGCAACCCUUUAUCACAAGAUAUUCUCAGCCUGUACCAGGACCCAGAUGGGACGCGUAAAUUGUUGAACUACAUGCUUGACAAUCUAGCAGUUCAUCCAGAGCAGCUGCCUCCAAGGCCAUGGCUUACAUUAAAAGAGCGAGACCAAAUUCUGCCCUCAGCUUCAUUUACUGUCAUGUGCUACAAUGUAUUGUGUGAUAAAUACGCUACCCGACAGCUCUAUGGCUACUGUCCUUCCUGGGCUUUAAACUGGGAAUACAGAAAAAAGGGAAUCAUGGAAGAAAUUGUGAACUGGGAUGCAGAUAUCAUUAGUCUUCAGGAAGUAGAAACUGAGCAAUACUUCACCCUUUUUCUGCCAGCAUUAAAAGAGCGUGGAUAUGAUGGAUUUUUUUCUCCAAAGUCACGUGCCAAAAUCAUGUCUGAGCAGGAGCGAAAACAUGUGGAUGGUUGUGCAAUAUUCUUCAAAACAGAAAAGUUCACACUGGUGCAGAAGCACACAGUAGAGUUCAACCAAGUGGCAAUGGCCAACUCAGAAGGGUCAGAAGCUAUGCUGAAUCGAGUUAUGACAAAGGACAACAUAGGAGUUGCAGUUGUGUUAGAGGUGCACAAGGAACUAUUUGGGGCAGGUAUGAAACCACUUCAUACAAUGGACAGCCAGCUGCUUAUAAUAGCAAAUGCCCAUAUGCAUUGGGACCCUGAAUAUUCGGAUGUAAAGCUUGUCCAGACGAUGAUGUUUGUCUCUGAACUUAAAAGUAUCCUUGAGAAAGCCUCUGGUCGGCCUGGAAGCCCAACAGCAGACACAAAUUCCAUUCCUUUGGUGCUGUGUGCAGAUCUCAAUUCACUGCCUGAUUCAGGUGUUGUGGAAUACUUAAGCAAUGGAAUAGUGGCCGACAACCAUAAAGACUUCAAGGAGUUGCGUUAUAACGAGUGUCUCAUGAACUUCAGUGGCAGUGGAAAGAAUGGGGCUUCCGAAGGAAGAAUCACCCAUGGCUUCCAGCUCAAGAGCGCCUAUGAAAACAACUUGAUGCCUUAUACUAAUUACACUUUUGAUUUCAAGGGUGUAAUUGACUAUAUUUUUUAUUCCAACACUCACAUGAAUGUGCUUGGUGUCCUGGGGCCUUUGGAUCCUCACUGGCUGGUUGAGAACAACAUCACGGGGUGCCCCCACCCUCACAUCCCUUCCGACCACUUCUCACUGUUGACUCAGCUUGAGCUCCACCCUCCGUUUCUGCCUCCGGUCAACGGCAUCCAUUUGCCGAACAGGAGGUAGUGGAGCCCUGCUCCCUUCGAGGGCUGGGACCUGUUCAUUUGUUUAUGGACUUGUACAGUUGUAAAUCAAAGUCUGUAGGAGUGAAGUAUGGCCAACCUUUUAAAAGCUGCUGCUUCAUGCUCCUUUCAUUAUGUGUGUUGACAGUACAAUUUUGCACAUUUUUGGUGCAUAUUGGUACCAUUUGGCACUAGGGCUGGAACCAAAGUUGUUGUUUGUUCCCUUUUUCAGGUUUUUUUGUUUUGUUUUGAAGGUACAGAUGCAAAGUAUAUACAGACACACGUGAAGAAAACAUGGCAGGCUUUACAUGUUGCAACAGAAAGCUGCCUUAAUCAAUGGACAAAUCAGAAGGGAGAGAUUUGCUUAUAUGUAUACAUCCAUAGCGAGAGGUUUUGUAUUUUUUCAGUCCUAGCCAGAUGAGUCCUUCCACCUGCCCCCAACUCCCUUGCAUUUUUUAAAGUCCUCUGCACUAGACUAGACAACAUGUAUUGGCCCUGUUGGGAAUUGUGUAUCCUUGGAAAUAGCACUUACUGUUUUCAGAGUUUAUUCUCAGCACAGAUUUGUUCACCUCCCAUUUGAAAUAACAGACAGAGAUGCAAGACAUUAAUCUUCCUGCUGUUAAAAAAAAAGUUGCUACAAGAGAGACCUUUCCGUGAGCAUCUGAUUGCAUCUGGCACUAAGCCACCAGGGUGUUCUGCCCUGCACCACCUCCAUGCCUGAACUAUAAAAUGUUGCAUGCUCUAGUCUCAGAUUCAGUGAAUCACCUCCAUUACUCUAGGGGUAGGGAUGAGUCUGAACUUCUGGCUUGCAGCUGUAUUCUCUACCAGAAGAGUAAGAUAGCAUCAGUCUCUUACUUGAAGAAAGCCCAAAAUUAUGAAUUGGAUCACUUCAGAGAAACACAGAUAGCGGGACAGAUGACUGAGGGGGAGCCACAGUAAUUGGAGGGCGAUUUGGAAUGCUGAAUCCUGCAUUUAAAAUCAGUGACAAGAAUUCUUCUGCUAAAUGUCCACAAUAUACAAAUAUAUUCCAACUCAAACACACCUCUUCUUUUUACCCCUUGUAAAUUAUAAGCCCCUUCCUCUGUCCUUUUAAAGUAUUCGGUUAAGAAAGGCUGGGAGGAGUAAAGUGUGAGAUAGACGUUUAGCUUCAGCCUCCUUCCUGUAGUACAACCAAUUUUCUUUGGGUGCAAUUGUUGCAACAUGAAAGGGAGAAAAAUGUUAAUCUAUCCAUUCCCUCGGCAUUUUUUUUUCUUUUUUCCUAACCCUAGUCGCCAAAUAGCCAUCUCAUGCUUUUAAUUCUUUGUUGUUGGUUUGUUUGUUUUUUCUGUUUUCUAUCAAGUUGGGUUUUUUUUUUAAGGGAAACUGCUUGUUUGUUUCCAACUGUUAAUUUCUUUCUUUAAGAAAUGCUUAGGCAUCCUCGCGUGCGCGUGUGCUUCUGGUGGCCAUUUUAAAACCUUUGUUCUUCUGGAGGGUGGGAAAAUAUUUUUUUAAUGCCAUCUCUUUAAGAGAGAUGAGGCCAAUAUCCACUCAGGACAACUGCUAUUGUGGUGGGCUCGAACAGAAUAUUCCACUGCAGAGAGGGGAUUCAAAGCAAGCAAGAUGGUGGAUGUGGGGUCUUGAUCCAAGUCCCGCCCGUGUGUGGGCAUUGCAUGCACGCACAGAGGUGUGUGCUUGGAUAACAAUGCUACAUCUUCCAUCUUGCCUGUUUUGACCCCCCCCCCUCCUGCAGCUACUGCCUAGCCAUUCCAGGGAAAGAGAGGCACUUAACAGUAAGCCCUUAGUGGAUAGAGUCACACUUUACUUUUCCAACAGCAGCAACAAAGGCAAAAAGGACAUUUGUUUUAGGUUUUUGGUAUUUCUGCUUGCUGCUAUACAAGAUUCCUUGAGCUUAUAUUUUAAACUUUUCAUGCACUUUACUAUUUCUAGUCUGAAGAUGUGAUAUUUUUAAUAAAUGAGAAUUAUUUCCAUUAUGUGAAUGAAAAUUUUUAAAGGACCUAUAUUUGUCUCAUAAAUACACUUAAAAAAAGGACAAUAAAAAGAGUCAAAUAGUUAAUUUUAAAUCGUAAGGAACUGUCUGUUCCAUAAAGCAGCCUUUAAGGCAGGGUUCCUCAACC